AUGCCAAAUUGGAAGAGUUACGAAUCUUCCGUCCGACUUCUGUCGGCCAUUAUCGCCGCCCACCCGGGACUGAAGCUCAACUACGACGACGUCGCUCGUUACUACGGGGAUGGGGCAAAAUACAAGUCUGUCUGGGACCGCAUGAACAUCAUCAACAAGAAUGCCAAGGCCAUCGCCGCUGCAGUUGAUGCUGGACAGGAUCCCUUCACCGUCCCCUUGGAUGAUACCCAGACCACUGCCAAGUCUCAGAAGGCUCAAGACAUCUCUUCGAGAUUCGGUGGCGACUGCACCAAGUCCGCUAUCGAGAAUCGCUUCCGUCGUAUCAAGUCCGAUGCGAAGUUGAUCAACGAUGCGGUCAAGAAUGGAGUUGAUCCUAUCACCAUCAAUGUUGGCGACACCGAUGGCAUGAUCGCUAUCGCCGGAACUGGUCGAGGCAAUGAGAUUGCUCGUUGUUAUGGUGGUGAUGCCACGGAAAGCGCAAUUGUAAAUGCCGUUAAGCGACAAGUUCGGCCACCUGUUAAAUUGGUCCUUGAGACUCUGGCUGCUGGCGGUGACCCAGCUGACUUGGACCUCCCUGGCAAAUGGAGAGGUGCACAGGGCAAGUUCUAG